AUGACUUCACACACAGAGAAGAGUACCGCAGAAGAAGACUCUGAUAUUAUUGAGUUCUUAAACCGUAAGUUGGCAAAUCUUUCAGUGGCAUCUGAUGCAGCAGAAGUAUUAGGGAAAAACGAUGACGGCUUGCCAGUUUGUGAAGUAUCAAUGCUGUUACCUCACUAUGCGCAAGCUGUUUAUAAUGCACUUCAUUCUCCAGUGCGACAGUUACGACUUGCUGCAGUU